AUGGAUGGACUAGAUGCAAAAUUUAUGAGACUACAAACAUUUUAAAAUAAUAAUCAAUAAAAUUCAUUUAUUAAUGAAGUAAAAACUUUUGAAAAAUACAAAGAAAAAAAUAUUAUAAAUGUUACUCAAUAUUGUGCUUGGAUUUAAUUUAAUUUUCUUAAUUGCAUACCUUUAAAUAUAUUAAUUAAUGGGAUAGUAUGAUAUAAUAAAUAUUAUUUAAAGACUUACAAAUAUUUCGAUGUUUAAAAGAAAUAAAUAAAAAACAUUUUAAUUGCAAUAUUAGAACAUUAUCUUUAACUUUAAAAAUAAUAAUUUCAUCAUGGUAAUAUCCAAUCAUAAAAUAUAAUUGUUGAAUUCUAGCGAAAAUAGAAUUCUGAUAAUUCUUCAAACGGCUUUGAAAUAAAGAAAAUAUAUUUCACAAAUUAUACCUUUGUAAAAAAAAGUGAAGAUGAUGAACGCGAAAUAAUAAACUAGAUUUUUGAUUUAUUGGGUUUAAUUGAUUCUCAUUAUCCCAUAUAAUUUAAUAAGAAAGAUAAAAUAAAGGAUAUUUUAUAUCAAAUAAAACUAAUGUAAAUUAUUUUAUAAUUUUUUAGAAAUAUUGAUUAAGAAAAUAAUGGAUGGAAGAACAAAUUAUAUAGUAUUUUUUGGAAGGGAGAUGGAUAUAUUAAAACUUUAUCUUAAAAAAUUAAUUAAGAAUAUCCAAAAGUUGAGAAUGAAAUGAAUGAAUAAAUUAAUAUAUUUAAUGAUAAUCAAAAUAAGGAGAAUUCUGAUAGUCUUAAUAAUUAAUAAAAUCAAAAAGAAUUUUAAACUACAAAUGAAUUUAACUAAACUCAUACUUAAAAUUAAGAAGAAAAUAAUGAAUAAAAAUAGAAAUUAUAACUUGAAAAAAAAUGGUAGGAACUAAUUUAAAAUUCAUAGUAAGAGUUUUUUGAAAAACUUAAACAAUUCUUUCUAUUAUAGUUUGUAGAAAAUGUUACUUCAUACACAUUUAAUCCUUAUCAUGUGAAAAACAAAAAAAAUAAUUAAGAAAAAAAUUAGGUUUAUUAAGAUAAUAAAACUUAAAACAAAGUAUAACAAGAUUAAAAUUUAAUGAAUUAAGAUAAAGCUAAACCUGAAUUUGAUCAUAUUAUUAAUAAAUGUUUUAUAGAAGCAACAGUAAGUUUUAAAACAUUAUUGGAUUAUUUUAAUGGAAUCCAAACUACAUUUUAAGAAGAAUGGAAUAGAAUUUCAAAUGAUCACUUUAGUAACUAUAAAUUUGAUUUCGAUUUAGACUUUAAAGAUUUGGUUGUAUAACAUUUUAAUGAAUUUUUUUCUUAAAAUUCAAAUUAUAUUUCUAGUACAAAACAAAUAGCUGAUGUAAAGAUGGAAACAUAAUAAAAAUUAAUUAUUUAACAAUUUUCUGAUAAAUAUGAUCACUGGAUAUCAUACAAAAUAUUAGAUUUAAUUUCCAAUCUAAUAUGA